AUGUUUAAGGCUCAUCAUUUAACUUCCAACCCAAGUCGAAAAUAUUAUAAGCAAUAUUUUGAUAAGUCUUAUGUUAGUUCUCUAACAAAUUCCCUUUUAAAACAAAGCAGGGAUAUAAUGCCCUUAGGCUCAGCUCACUUAGAAUCCGAUGAAUUGAUAAAUGUCGAAAGUUCUCUAAAAUUCCAUUUUAGAGGAAAACUGUCAAUCCUAUCGCCAAGAAGUACAGAUUUCAAAAAAAACCCACCAAAUUGUCAUGAUCCUUUUAGAAAUUGUUCUCGUUUUUGGCAACAACCGAAAAUGAAUGCAGCAUAA